GGCAACUCACCACCCCAAGACCUUCGAGCCUUCAACUAUAAAAUAAACAACACAAAUCCCAAAUCCCAAACUCCAAACCGUUUCAAUCUUAACACUUUAACUUUCUCUCGUGCUCUCCCUCAUUCUUCUCUCCAUUUUCAAUGGCUUCUGUUGCAGGAACUUCCACUUCUCUCUGCAUGACUUCUGUGUCUUGCGCUUUGAAGCAAACCCAGGGAAGGAUCUUUAGUGUGAAUUCAGUUUCACUUCCCAUCAAUGGGAAAAGCUUCUCAUCUCUUAGGUUGCAGUCAGCAGCACGCUUCCGGGUUUCCUGUGUGGCAAAGCCAGAGACGGUGAAAAAGGUGUGUGAUAUUGUGAAGAAGCAAUUGGCAUUGCCAGAGGAUUCCACAGUUACUGGAGAGUCAAAGUUCGCUGCCCUCGGAGCGGAUUCUCUCGACACGGUUGAGAUUGUGAUGGGGCUUGAAGAGGAAUUUGGGAUUAGUGUGGAAGAAGAAAGCGCCCAAGGCAUAUUGACUGUUCAAGAUGCAGCAGAGUUGAUCGAGAAGCUCCUGGAGAAGAAAGCUUAAACUGGUGCGGAAAGAGCAACAAAUCUAGUUCAGUUUCUAUGAAAUCUUUUGAUUUAUAACUAAAUAUUUUCGAAUCUGGUCGGGUUUGAACUUGGCUAUGGUUUUUCUGUUGUGGUUUACGUUUGAUUAGAACUGAAUAUGCUGGGAAUCAUCAUAAACAUGUUCCUUUUUUUGGAUCA